CGUGUUGUUGCAACAUGGCUUCAAACUGUGGUUUGUUUGGUGUCCGCAUGUCUUCCCCUUAAAAUUGUUAAGUUACCAUGAUUAUAUCCAAAAUAUAAAUAUGGAACCUGAGAUCUUGGAAGCUGGAUUUAUUUACAUAUUGAUGACCAAACGCUAUUCUUUGUCUCGUAGUGUCCGUGCACAAUGGUUGAUAGAGCACUUGAACAAAACUUUAACAGUAAGAAAGAGGGAGACAUUAGAUUCAUGCACGGAAGAACUCACAGUGGUGUCAAUAGUCCCUCGAGAACCACCGCUGGAAUGGAAGCCAGAGUCAAGCCACUCGUACACGUAUCUAGUCACUUCGCAUUCUGCAAUCAUAUUUCUUUCCCAUAAGUAUCGCAUUGUAUAUUGUUUGGACAUGAGCCCGUCCCUUUCAUCUGUUGAUAUUCAACAUGGGGAAGUGAUGAUCGAUGAAAUUUUUCAGAGCUUUAAGAAGAGUAUUGAAGGCUUUACCAGGCCUUUCUUAAUCCCAGGUUCCUGCACACUUUUUUCACCUGAGAUAUACAUAACAGUGAUUGCUCACACGCCAUUCUUCACGACUCCUGCACAGCAGGUGUUGGUUCAAGGCUGGCUUUUAACUCUUGAGAACGUACAACAGUUUAUGGAUAUUGUGCACAAUCAAUUGAACCAGCUAGAGGAUUCAUUUGCUGAAGUUUCUGCGAUUGUUAAUGAGCAGCAUGAUGCACUACGGACUGAAUCUGAUAACCUAGUCGGUGGAUUGUUUGAAGAGAAUGAAGAACAACCAGAGUCUUCUACAAAACAAAUAGCUAUUGUUAGCCCAGACACAAGUUUUGUGAACAUGUUGCGUUAUGGCAUGCUUGCAAUAUUGUUGCUCCCUGAAACUGGUGCUUCAAAUAUUAUUGUCGUUACAGACGGUAUUGUUGCAAUUCCCGAUGUGCAAGUUUUUGACUCUCUGCUCACACAGCUGAGAUCGUGCUCGAUAGCAUGCUCAUUUCUUCAUGUCGGAUCCUUGUUCCACCCACACUGUGGCUUGGGAAUGGUUCCCUACGUCGAUAUCAUGCAUUUCAUUGCAACCUCCACACUGGGAGUGUACAUGACCAACAUUCCUACCAUACAGAUGGAUGGACACUGGACAAUGAACGUCUACCACAUGGCAUUUCUUACUUGGAGCUUCCAGAAAGGCAGUAGAGGAGCGGCCUUACAUCACACCCCACGGCAAGGGGAGUGGCAUGUCAGUAAUUCUUGCUUCUAUGGAUGUCGGGAGCCAGUGUUGCUGAGAAAGAAGCAAGGAGAGGAUAAUAUUCCUUGCUCAUUGAUGGGCAUUUUAGGACUCCGUCUGAAAGAAGGCUACACUGUUAAGAAUGUGAAUGCAACAGACAACUACAUAGAGAUAAGCCUUGUUCUGCAGUGGAGGACUAACAUCUACAUUGAGUACGUAGUAUCUUCGAUGUGGCCGCCACUUCCAGCCAGCUCCAGUAUGGCUCUGGUGUCGGCUCCUAGCCCCUCGCCUGUUCCGUUCCCGCCACCAGGCUACGUGCACUACUCAACUGUCAUUGAAGCUCCAUAUGAAUUUAUUCAUGAUAUCACUUGCCUGCACAAGAAACCAUUCAAAUCUUCCUACCGAAAAAACGUGGUGUCUCGAUUCUGGGGAACAUUGAAGACGAUCAGUCAGACCGAUCAACUGCUGAUUCAUCUCAACUUCUUCUCCGACAAUCCAGCUGCGUACAACAUACCGGAAGGCAUUCGCAGCGGCAUGCCCGUGUUCUACUUGCCGUCGAGCUCGAGCGUGCCGGUGGUCACGUCCAGCGACCUGACCUGCCCCCAGUUCGCGCAGUUCUGGCGCCCCGUCUGCAUGCUGGACUCGACGCUGUGGCAGAAGUGGUUCCACGUGCACAAGAUGGCGCUGCUGCUGUCUCACGACCACCCUCUGCCGAAGCACCUGCACCUCGCCAACUCCAGCGGCCGCUUCCAAGUGGUGCAGUGUCGCCAGGCGGCGGCCGCCCUCUACGCCCGGCUCAAGGACUGGAGCACCUUCGUGCUCAUUGAGAACCACUCAUACGUGAAGAUUGUCCAUGGGGAAAAUGAUAAACCACCAUCCCGGUUUUAUUUAAUGCAAGUAACUGCAAAGCCUCCUUGCAUUGUCCUGAUUGUGGCAUUUAUUGAAGGCACACCUGCAAGUUUUCGUCAUGAGGUUAUCAACUAUCUUAAAGAGAAGAUCUAUUUUUUAACUUUCCCACAACGGCCUUCCAACAAAGAACCCAUAAAACGGAAAAUAUCUAUGGCUAGACUACCAUAUAAAAUGCAACAACAGAUGACAUCACCUCUACCGAGAUCAUACCCUGAUAUAAACUGUUGUGUACUGCUGCAGAAACCUAUUGAAAAAAUACUCAUCAGGUACGAGCGCAUGCCCUCGGACUUCACGACGGUGGUGUUCCCCGACGGCACGCAGCCCCCAUCCACCCCCUCCACGCCCUCCUCCAGCCUGCAGACGGUGAACGUGGCAGCCGGGAGCCUGCUGACCACGCUGUCUCGCUACCUGCACCACCAGCGCUGGGUGUGGGCGGCCCAGAGCGCUCCGGCCUCCACGCUGGGGCUGCAGGCGAUUGCCCGCGUCCUGUCCACCCUCACCAAAAUACGACUGCAGGAGGGAUUUUGCUUUGCUCAUUCCACAGCUGGCAUUAUAAACAUGGUGUUGGAAGUGAAAAUGAAAGGAUGCCCUGCUGGAGAUGAGUCAACAGCCUGUAAGAACGUUCAGCCAUGUGUGAUACAGUAUGUUCUCUUCCCUCCACACACAAAAUCGGUACUAAAGGAGAGCAGCUCUGACGAUGAUGGUACCGAUGAUGUGGAAGCGGAUGGAGAGUCAGACGAAGAGCUGGAGAUCAUCACCGAAUGCUGGAUUGAACCUUUGUAUGGACAUGUAGUGGAGUCUCCGCCAGAGAGAUAUUACAUGGAAAAUUUGGAAUACCAUCAGAUUGCUGAUCUGAUAUGUCAGGUGGAUGCUGAGUGUAUAUCAUCGUUGCUUACCUUCGAACAGCUGAGUCUCAUGUGUUCCAGUGCCCAGGUGCAAUCUCCAGUUGUGGAUUUAGAUGAUGCAAAAAUUGAGACUGUGUUGCAUACUUCUCAUCAAAGGUAUGGCCAGAAUGUUGUUACAUUGUCAGAACAGAGAAUCUUAUAUUUUCCAUUUGCAUUCAACCUCAUGAACAUUUUACCUCGAUGUCAGCAAGUGGAGAUGCUAUUAUCUAUGUUUAUACAAGAUCUGGGGGAAUGUGAUUCAGAAGCAGAUUUUCACAAGAUUGAGUCUGUGGAUGCCCCCAACAUGCUGUUGAUAGAUAUGAUGUAUGAGCACCUGAAAAACCUUCAUGACCGGGAGUUGUACCUGUCACCAGAGAACUCUAUUGCUUUUAUGCACCUACUGAAAGAACGUGAAAGAGAGCAGGCACCCUAUGAACUGCCAAUUCCAUUUGUGCUUCACAAUAUCCCUCAUGACCAGACCACGACAUCACAAUCUUCUGCUUCUUCCAAGAAAAUGGACUCGGCUGUGUCUCCGAAGUGGAGGUGUUUUCUCAAAGGAGUCAGCAUCACCCAUGUUAUGCUCACUUUCAUCCCAGCAAGUUACGUUGACUUGAAGCUGCUCAUGAUGACUAGUGAGUCUCUCGGUGGGAAACAUCCCUAUUCUGUUCAUUUAGUGACGGACCAAGAUGAUAUGAACAGAUCUUUUGAAACUGGCUUGGGCGAUGCAGAAAUGAUGGGUUCGUGUACAAACAUUCCACUCAAGAACAGCUCAUGGCAGGCACAGGGCGGUGCCACGCCAGAAGCAGAACACGUUCAUUGUCGGCCUCAGGAUAAGUCGGCUGACCUCCCGUUCCGAGUGAGGGCCAGCUCGUGGGAUACGGUGAUGAGGAGUAACGUUCCACUCGAGGCUCAGUUUCGAGCAGACUUGAACCGCAUACGGACCAGUUCCAUGGAUUCCAAAUUGAAACACUUCCGGCCAGUUUCAACUUCCGCCAAAAGUAGAGGAAGCUCAGUUUCUGUGACACAGGACGCAGCACCGAACAACACGAAUCUCGACGAUGGUCUGCCAGUCAAUGAGGAAGCGCCAUUUAAAGGGAAUGAAAUGAAGCAUGGACAAAGUAUAGAACGUCGUUAUAAUCAUAAGUUUGGUGCUCUUUCGUUGCCUGUCUACAUUUAUGAUUGCUCCUUGUCGAUGCUCAUGGAUAUUCUGAUAUAUGGGGAGAUGGAGCCUCAUGCAACCAAGGAUAUCUAUGAAGAUGGUACUUACAGUUUCAAAUUAACCUCAAAAUUCAGUAAAAAUGAUAAUGAUAAUAGUAAAAAUACAAAGCAAUCAGAACCCAAGCCUGAUAGUUCUCAAGGAUUUUCAGGGAAACAGAGCCUUCAGCAGCAUUGUGAAGUGCUCAACUUGAUACAUUCAAAGUGUUUUGUAUUUUCACUAUUCAAAGCACUGCAUGUAAAUCAAACAAUAUACUCUCAAGAUGUACAAGCAGCCGUCAAUCAGUGUGAAGAUGCCUUGGUUGAGAUAAACAUCACAAGUUUUCUCAAGACUGUUUGUGGGCACAUGAAAGACUUUAUUUCGAGACUGAAGGUGGAUGAACUGAAGCAGAAGAGUGUUGAGAACAGCCCUUUCCAUCAGUGUGCAAGUCCGUGCACGGAGAAGGACGUGCCGGCCAGCUCUGUGACGAGCACGGAAGAUGACGCAGCGUACAGCUAUCCCAUCUCUCACCUAUACCAGCAUGGGCCGUGCCAACCUCACUACCUUUUCCACCAGCUCAUCAAGGAGAAAUUCUUCCGCAUCCUUACGGUGUCUUUUCAGCCAGUGCCUUCCCACCCUGACUUCUACUUCUGUGCUCCUGCCUCAGAUAAACGACCGAUUGACUUGAAGGAAGCGCUGACGAAGAAGAACUCUGACGAUGCAGCAGCCAACAAUCCUCCGCAGACCAGUGCUUCACAAAACACUGAUCAGAUGGAGUUUUAUUCCCACGACAGCAGUGGUACAGAAUUCCUAACUCAGGCCUUGCAGUGGGAUGGAAACUUCACAGACAAGAGCGUGAAUCCUGUGUUUUCUGGCGUACACUCGGAGAGCAACUCCGAAGUAGCGGAGGGCUGCUCCUCCAAGGAGGUUUUCCCGCUGUUCCUGCAUCUCACUUGCUCUGUGCACUACAAGGACAGUGUUCAUAGCUGCUCAGUCAACUUGCUGCCUACUUGCUUGAGUGAAUUGCUGCCUGCUUUGGAGCCAUCUUCCAACGAGAUCAAUCUAAAAAAAUUGAAUAUCACAUUGGAUAUUGUUUGUCUUACAUUGCCUCCUGAUGUGGAUGCAGUUGUUGAAGCUUCGACGCACAAAGGCUUACGCUCGACUUCAUUUUGCAGCACAUCGUCUGCUCAGUAUGAUGAUGAUUUAGCAGACUUGUGUGAAAAAAAUGAACACGUUGCUACGUUAGAAAAAGUGCCUCCAGCUAAUGCAGAUAAGUUGCACUAUCUGCCACCUCUCCAACACAAAGCUGUUACUGUCUGUGUAGAGGAGACUGAGUGGCUAAUGAGAGACGAGAUAGCUGCGUUCUUGCUGGAUGUGGUUCCACUACAAGAGGAAAUGCUGAAGUUCGUAGCAGACCACGUGUCUGCUUCACCCUACCGCCCCAGCUGCUUGCUGGAGAAAGUCCCUCUACAGUUCGUGUUUGAUCCAAACCAGUGCAUCGAGAAGUUCAUCCAGGAGUUCCAGAAACUUCAUGUUAGUGGGUACCUGGUUCGCCAAGAGGGUCAGUUUUACUACUUAGUCAAAGAUGAGAACUGUGGAAGCCGUAGGAAAAGGGAUGUCCUUAUGAAUCCUCUCAGCUUAAUGAAUUUAUCUCAGCCAAACCUUGAUGAUGGUAUGGAGUUCUGGAAGGAGAUCUACUCAUCACACCAGUUUGCUUCAAGUGAUGAAAAUGUAAACACUCUGAGUGGUAUAUUUUCAAACGCUGAUGAGUUGAGAAACAGCACAUUUCUUCAAGAAAUAGCAUAUAAAUCAUUGAACACAACAGAAGAAGCAGAUGUGAAUGAUAUGAGUCCUGAAGUAAGUGAUGCUUUCAAACAGAAGUGUGAAGACAUGUAUGCUGUCUCAGCUGACAGAAAGAGUUUAGUACUCGCGAGCACAGGAGCCGUCAGUCCAACACCGGAUCUGUUUUCUCUGACAGUGUCUCCAUCGUUAAGUUUAACUACGUAUGAAAAUCAAGCAAGGACAGCCGUGGAUGAUAUGCUGGAAAUGAAGCGAAGCCAGAGCUAUAGCAUGGACCAGAAAAUGUCUCCUUCGCGCUUGAGUGCCGUGCUGUGGCAAAAACGGCACCAAGCUUUCGGCUACCGCAGCGAGGUUUCCAGCAUUGUGGAGAGUGCUCACGGAACAGAAGAAGAUGGUUACGAAGGGGACAGCAGUGACUCGGCAGAUGAGUGCGACUGGAUUCAUGACCUGGAGUCACACUUGCCGCCUCUGCCCAAGUUUUGGUUGAUCAUGUCGUUGGACAAGGAUGCUGUUACUCUCUACUUUCACUGCAGAUUGCAGGCCUUGCAGCCGUUGCUGGUGGCCAGCUACUUGGAAGUCCAGAAAACAGUGGUGUCGUACAUCAGAGGCUUGUGUAAGUUGGUCAACCAAACUCGUCUGCUGCAAGACCUUCACGACACGCGCAUGUGCGAUUCUCUGCUCGAAGCAGAGUCAAGUGAAUAUAUUUGGGUCGCAGGAAACCCAGUCACACUGUCUGAUAAUAAUUUGACUGGUACCAAAGUGUUUGAUGAUGAACACUUACAGAGCACACAGUACUCUGAAGGUGUGAAGGAAUUCCCGCCAGGCUGCUUUGCAUGCAACGUCAUUUGGGAAAGACAGUUUUUCCUACAUCCACGUCUAAAGUCCGGAGCUGGGAAGCCCAACUUGUCCAGAGGAAUACAAGCAUUGUGUACUGUUUUGAACCGCUUCUCUGUGAACAACCGCAAGAAUAUGUUUGUGUACCAGGACAAGUCGAACAAUGUUUACUACUUGAGGCUUCAUGAAAAGUUGCGAUGGCAGAACAAGCUAACUCCCAACAGUGUUGCUCGAUCAGACACAGAUGACAACUCUCCAGGGCAAGUGUCCCGAAGCUCAUCCAUUUCUUCGUUGAAUGCACGUAGACAUCAUCUUAUGUCAGCGAUGUUAUCCCAGAAAAGUAGUGAUGAAUUAGUUGCACAAAAAGCAGAUGUGAGGCCACGACUCAGAUCGUUUGGCGAUAAAGAGAAUUCUUCCAGUCCUGCAGAAGCAGUUACACCGUUUCCCUUGCCGUCCCCAUUGUCUGUCAAAUCAGAUGAUGCAAUUAUCCUCAAAGUGCAUGGCAUUUCUGAAGCAGGUCCAGAACUGAAAGAAGAACUGGUGCAAGUUCUUCAGAACAGGCUUGAUGAUGCUGUGCUUGAAGCGCUCUCCAUCAUGCUUGCAAGAAACCCCAUGUGCAAGCUGACCCCAGAAGAUGUGCACUUCAUCCAGAAACCAUACCAGCCUCCCGAUUGUGUUAUUCAGUUUUCUAUUCAGCCAUGGGCUUUGCCAUAUCUUGAAGCAUUUGUUUAUUAUCUCCGCCAGAAUUUGCUGCAGUUCCUAUAUUUUCCAAAGUACACAGAUCCUCUACCAGAGAAUCACUUUCAGGAUUACUCUCAGCCGGAGGCGUCAGGAAAACGUGUGGCAGAAGGGAACUUGUUCCUGUACAACCAGAGUGCUGCGUCUGGCAGCAAAGGCAUCGCGUGCAUCGCGCUGGCAGUGUUGGGCAGCGAGGGCUAUUUGCUGGAACACACGAGUUGCCAGAAGCCCAAUCCUCUUGCGUACCAGCAGCACCUGAGUGCCUGCGACUUCCACGAGCGUACCUCCGCCGAGCUCUUGCAGAGUGACCACCUGGAGGGCAAGUUACCCAGCUGUGAAUACUAUAAUGAUGUGAAGCCAUGGGUGGAGUUUCGAAUUUGGAAACAGGGUAGAAUAAAUGCGGAGUUAUUAGUAAAUAAACUGCAGACAUCUAUGCAACAUGCGAUGUGGGAUCUCUUGAUGGAGUUCCACUGGCUCACCAUUCCACUUUUCGAACAGAAAGGCAAGAAGAUCUAUGAAACACAAGACACUGGGAAAGCUGUUUCACCUGUGAUAGUUUCGCAGGUCAUGUCUGAGCAGAAUUCUGUCAUAGUUAAGCAUGCUGUUGAAUUUGAUUUGCUGAAAAAGUGGUUGGAUUUUGCAGUACAGUUGGGUGUACCAUCUGUGAAUAAAUUUACUGUCUGUCUAAGCGCCAGGCAUUCAUUACCAAUGAUUGUGAAAGAAAUGCAAAACUUAGUUAGUUUGAAUGCCCCAGACACAGACACAUCAGCAUUUCUUGGGCUCGCGUCACACACUCCAGAAAAAUUUGCAGGAGUCCAGUCUUUCUCAUUUAGAGAUCAGCAAGUGUGCAUGCUUGUCGGACGAAAUAUCAACCAAUGGAGAGCCUGUAUUUUGGACACAAACAAUUUUGAUGUUGAUUGCCUACAUCCAAAAGCCCAGAAGAUAUUGCAGAAGUUUCCACCCCUGAUUGAGCCAGAGUCCAACCCUGUUCAGUUUGUGCCACGCCAGAGACUGUGUCUUGCGCUUCUCACCAGCCAGCAGAUUCUGGUGUAUGUGUACAACUGGUCCAAAGAGCGCGUCGACAGUUUAGUAAACCAGACAACUGCAUUGGGUCAUUGGCUUAGUGCAAGAACAUGUCUUCUAAUGAGCAUUUCAUCUCAGAAGCUUGGCAUAUUCCAUAACCAAGAGAUGGUGACCAAACUACAACUAGCAAAAUCAAAACAGUGCUCAAACCCACUGAUGCUUCCAUAUCUGAAAGUGGAUCAGUUGAUCAAGUUCAACCCAAUAGGAAGUUUGCAGAAGAGUUCUUCUCUUCAUACUCCAGUGAAAACUAGCUUGGGAGGAGCCACAAGCAACGGUGCUGCCCUACUGGAAGUAUUUCGAGACUGCAAAUCAAGCAGAUCCAUCCACCGUAAGCUUUCUUCUCUCAAUGCAGACGUUAUAGGACUGAAUGCACAACAGCUGUUGGAAACCCUGCACCAGGAUCGCAAAGAAGAAAAUAAGAAACUCCGCAUAAUGUGGCAAACCAGAGGUGCUUCACCAAAUGUUCCUUUGACAGAAGAUACUAUUCAUCUGUUCAAGCAGCACUCAAGAAUAAUUCACUAUUGCCUCACUCCGCUUCUGUUUCUCCCAAGGUGGCGAGUUCACUCAGCAGCUACAAGAGACCAUUCGCUCAUUCCUAUAAGUGACUUUGCUUCCCUUCAAUCCAAGGUCGACACCAAGUCUCCCCAGACCAUAAACAGUCAAGAUAAGACAACUCCUGGAGACACAGGGCAUGAUGCUAUUGUAAAUGUGGACUCCAACAAAGAAUGGCAUGACAGUCUUUGUGCAAAUUUUGUGCAAGAGUACAAGCAAUACCUUCAAUCAUUGGGAUUCAUUCCUGUUCAAAGUGAACCAGCAGUAUUGAAGAAAGGCCAGAAAACACCAACUAAGCAAAAGAAUUUGGGGACCAUCUCACUUAAAGAAAAUAACGUUUGUUAUCUACAAAAGUCUUUGCUAGGUGGAAAACUGCUAUUUGAGAUCUUCCUGUGUGAACCCUUCUUCCAUGCAAGACUUCAUGCCCUGGAGUGCUCCAGACUUCAGACAAAGUCUUCUAACUCUUUAGUUUCUCAGUUCACAGCGAGUUUCCUGGAUGAGUGUGACAAAAUCAAGAUACUGAUGCACAUGCACUCGUUCACAUAUGACUAUCACCUGCGCUGCAUCCACGACUACAUAGCAGAGAAGCAGCCGCUCCUCAAGCAAGGCUACCAUGUCACUCGCUUCGUCGACGACUUCCUGAAGUACUACCCGAAGGCCCCGAACUUCGCCCGGAACCUCGUGUACGCCGACGUGAUCAGUAUCUGCGGCCUGACGGUGCAAGCGCGCCAGUUGUACAACUACCUGCUCGGCCACGGCAAAGUGUACGGCAUGGACGUGUUCCGGAUGGCUCCCGUCAGCUACGACGCCAACACGGCUCCCGACAACGAGUAUGUUUUGGUUCGCUUGGACAGCACGCCCCACGUCACGUACCGAGACCUGGACGACACCAAGCACACGGACGACUUUGACGUCACAGUUGUCGUCUUCCACGAGACAGAAUCUGGAGACGAGGGCAGAGACGCGAGCGUCAAGGACGACCAGAACCUCAUCCUUCUCAAGUAUUACAUUAUUCUCACCAGUCGAAGGGAGCUGUUUCCUAAACUCGAAGUGGAGCACAAGUUGGGAAAGUUCUGCACUGUUUCCACCCUGUGCACGAACACGACCAACACCACUCCCACUAAGGUGGACCCAGGAAGAUCUGGGGAAGAGAAUGAUGUGGAAGAUAGUUUUGAUGAUUCUUCCUCUUCUGAUUCUACUUCCCUGUCCACAUCUGACACUGCCGUCCCCGUUUCCUCUCCGCCGUCCUUAAACGAGCACGCUUUUCAUAGCCGUGGCCAGCAGCUUCAUGUAGAGAUCAGACAAGAGUCUGUCAAUUAUUUGGGUUACUACUCAUCGCAUGAGCAGUUGAUGCAACAGUUGAUUUUAAAGCAAGCAGAAAAUGCCAAGCUGCAUAUUGAAGAUAUGGUUUCGAAGGGAAUGGUGCAUUGCCGCACUCACUUGCUGUGGAACAGACUUCAGUGCACUUUGCCCAAGAAGGAAGAGGCCCACAGCAAGAGCUACAAGAUCCAGGCGCUGUCGUACUCGGAGUUCAUGGAGCUGCACAGCCUGGCUCGGGUGGAGUCCCUGAGCCACCUGGAUGCUCUGCUGACGCCACUGCUGUGCCAGCCGCUCUCGUGGUACCAGAGCCUGGUGAAGGUGCUGGUCACCAAGUACGCCGACCACCACCGCUUGUUCUCCUCCCCGGACGGCAACACGCAGUACCUGGUGGUGCUGAACCCCCGGUACCUGGAGGCCUUCGUCAUGCUCUCCAUCGACAUGCAGACUUCACGAGGCGAUCUGAGUGCUGUCUACCGCAAGUCCCUGGACAACGAAAUGCAAAAAUCUGAUCAGCUUGAAUUUUGCUCAAUGGAAAUCCAGAACUUAAUUGAGGGUUUCAUCAGUGCAUGCUGCUUCCACCUGUGGGCAGGACUACUGUGAUACAAAACUCACCUGAAACAUAGGGCUUCAUUCUAGUGAAAUGGUAUUUGCAUUCUCAAUUUCUCUUGACAGGUUUCAACAAACCUAUGGUGGAGCCUUGGUUAUUAUAUUAAAAGAUUUGGCUUGAUAUUCGCUACACUGUACAUCUGUGGAAUGCUAUACCAUUCACUAGUUUAUGCCAUCAGUAACGCCCAUGUGUUCAUUCUCCACGUAAAGAACAUUUUGAUCUCCAAAUCUGCAAAUUGUGUUUGCUUAUUGUUCCUUUUUAAGUAAAUUUUUAGACACAUGUAGUACAGUUUAACAUUUAGUAAGCUAAUAUGUCAUGUUGUUUGGAUUUCUGAGUUUGAGCCAUUUCAAUACAUUAUUUGGUAUCUCCAUUUUGGCAGCGUCACUUUUCUAAACUUUGUUUAGAAAAAUAAUUAUUUCUCUGUUUUUAAAUAUAUUUUUUAUUAAAAACAAUACAAUCCUAUGUGCAGUUAUAUGUUCUUGGUCUAUCUUGUGUAUAUAAUGUAUUUUUGAUUAGUGUUUUGUGGGUUUGCUAUUUUUUAUAUAUUGUGAAUUAUUCAAAAUAUUUGUCAUGUUUAUAAUUGUGAAUAAUAAGAAACGUCAAUAAAAAUUAUCACUUUUUUUUUCAUGGAAUGAUAGAGAACACACAAAUCUCACAAAUUUUUUGUUUAUAUUUAAUGUGCUUGGAGCUUUAUUGUGCAGUUAUUUGCUUUAAAUAUUAUUUCAUCUUGUGUCUAUAAAAUUCUUAUCUAUUUUCUUUGCAAUGAACUUUACUUAUGUAAGUAAUUAUUAUGUAUUUAUGUAUGUUUAUAUAUCUAAAAUACAUGUCAAAACUGUGAGUACAUAUGCAGCACAUAUAGAAGAGUCAGAUAUGUUUAAGAAUAAAUGCAUUUCUAUUGCUAGAGCCAUAUCACCAAGACAUACAACUAACCAUAUUGAACCUGUAUCAUGCAAACCAUAGAAAAUGUACAACUACAGUAAACAUUGUAAAAAUGAAUCACAUAUUGCUUCUAUCUUUCUAUUUAACUCGCUGGCCAUGAUUCAUACUAACUAUUCAUGGGUGCAGCAAAACCGCAUUCAUGCUGUUUUCUACUAGGGUACGUAAAUAAUAUCUAUCUUUAUAUUUUGAAAAUUACUGUAUACUGUACUGGCACUACCAAUUGCGUAACUUCCAUAUCAAUGGUCACACUCUCCGAGCUCCCUUAUUUUCCCGCCCAUGAGCGAGAAUUGUAAUGUCACCCCAUUGCUCUGCCUAGCUCCAAAUUCCUAACAUGGCUCUUCAAGUGCUUUUACAGAAGAUGUAUUUGAAAUAACUUUACUAACUUAAAAACUCAAAAAUUGGCAAUUUUUGUAGUGGGAACUGAUGUAGUGGGAAUUUACACGAAAAUUUUACUUUAAAUAGCACAAAAAUAAGUACGCGUAUAAUAUAUCAAAUCAUUUACCAUUUAAUAUGUGUAACUAUGUUAAGGAGAUUUACUAAUCUUCGGGCUGAUUAUAUUUUUUUUCGACAACACAAAACUUCUAUUCUUUAACAGGCCAUGCAGUUUUUACAUUUAAACAGCAGGUAAUAAAUAUUAAUAAUAAUAUUAUUAUUCUAGCAUUGAUUUGUUAAUGAAAUUUCAACUACACUUAUCCAACUUACAUGUCUUGUACUCAAGAGUUAUUUUAAUUACACAUUAUGUCUGGUAUUACUUCCAACUAUUUAAUGUUAGUCUUUGAGCAUACAAAAGAAUAAUAACGCAGCUGGGAAUACAUUAGCUCAGUCAUUGAUUGCCAAUUCUGUCAAUGCAACACUUAGUUGCAAGGAGGCGGGAUUGAACCGGCACAAUUAUUUUUCAAUCCAGUGCCUGAGUAUGUAGCAAAGCUGCUCUGCGGUGCAUGUAUUCACUCGCUCACUCGUCCCAGCGAGCUUCGUUUGCAAGCCUUCUGGAUGGCCAUCGCGAAACAUGUUCCAGAUGUGCCGGCACUCCAUUCUUCUCUGUACAUCUCUCGACACCGUUUAUUGGCUAGCGGCUCACAAAACUCUGAAGACUGAUUCACUUUGUUGUAAUUGAGUGCUCAAGUUACCCAGCACCUCAGAAUGCCUCAUUUUCUUCCUUCAGGUGGUCAAUGCUUGCAGGCCGAACAAGGCUUUGCUACUUGCUCGGUGACCUCUGUUGGCUGCUCGUUGAGGUUUCUUCUUGCUUCGUCAAGCUGACUUGUUACAUACCAGAUUGGCCCGGGAUGACAACCCGGAAUAAUAACAAGCACACUUUAACACUGUUAGUUAAAGUUUCGUUUAUAUUUGAAAGAAAAAAAAAAGAAUUUCUUGUUAGAAGUACAUUGUUUCUUUCAAACUGCCGCCGGUGCGACCACACCUCUGGCCGACCGGACGACAACUACUGCUACUGAAGGAAGACCGACUAGACUGAACUCGCACCACGCAGUUACCGUCCCUUUACAAGCCAAAACAAAGGGAGGUACCCCCGUGGGCCAACCGACCAAUCACAUUAUUUGCUGAAAAAUAACUGGCAUGGGGAGACACAUCACGCCACCUCAAGGUUCGCCCUGAUUGGCUGGCGAGACUGCACCCAGCGAAAGUUCCAGUUUCUUGGUGCGCAGUUACACGUCCACGUGCUGGGAUUUUCCAACGACGCACUAUCUUGACCUGCUGGCGACAGUGUGUCGCGCCCAUGUCCUUUCUUUCUUUUCAGUCUUUCUAGACUGUUCUCGAAAACUACCCAAUUAUCCAUGCUAUACUUUAAAAGAUAUAAAAAACAUAAAUAAUACACAUGUUAAUUUUAAAUUAUGAAGUAAACAGAUAGUAAAACAUUACUAAACAUAAGUUAAAUUAAUAAUAAUAAUUAAAACACCAACAAAACAUUUAAAAUUAAAAUAAUUAUAAAAGGUAGGGGGUGGUAAUUCUGCAAUGUUACAGACUCACCACCGCUGGCACACUGCAGUCGCACCCGUGAUGUCACACGGAAAAUGUGCACGCAUUUACACUUUACCGCUAAGUGUUCCCAGCAUUUUCUCAACUCAAGGACAGUCUGAUCCAAAAGUAUUGUUCCUGCACCCAGGUGAAUAUUUAGAACACUGCCCAUCACAUACAUAAUUUAAAAUUAACUAUGCAACAAAACACGUCACUUUUGAAGCAUGUCUCAAAACUUAUUUAAGCAUAACACAGGAAAAUAGACACUACAGAUAUCUUUUACUGUCUGGAAUGCCGACUGGUACAGUAUGAUGGCACGUGUACGAGUAAACUCAAUGAAGUUACUGGGCAAUAUCACAGCACACAGCUACAGCAGAUGCUCAUAUACAUUCCCACUAUGUACAUGUAUGUGUUGUGAAUCAUUCAUGUGAUUGCCAAUAUGGCCUUCCAGAUAACAGAAAUCUAGUGUACAUCAUUGCACAUGUAAAUAGCUCUAUAAAUAGUUUUCCAGACUUAUGUUCAAUGACAUUUAUGCCGCCUCUUGUGUUUUUUGCAUAUUUUCCUACAGUAUUGAUGGGUAUUUUAGAUAUAGUUUGUAUAUAAACAAGUAUAAUAACUUGUUACCAGUUAAUAAUACUUGUUUACUGUAUAAAGAUAUUUUUGAGGUGUAUAUAGUUGUAAAUGCCAUCAUAUAGCAUUAAUAUUCACGAGAUCACUUGUUAUGAAAUAAUAUGUAUAAACUUACGACAGGGUUUAGUGUUUUAAAUUUCUAUUGCUGGAAAUUUUUACCAAAGGGGGAAAAAAUUGUUUUUAUACAAUUGUAUAUGUUAAUCAUGUUAGUAUGCAUAGAAAUGCUUAAUAAUUGGACAGCUCUAAUGUAAUGUACGUAGAGCUUAUUUUUUAUAACUUUUGCUUCAUAUGUGAGAAUAAUAUGAUCUAUUGUACAGAUUGACAAGGACAGAUCAAGUGUUUACAAAUAGUACACUCCCUUAAAGUAGGAGACAGUAGUUUCUAUCAUAUUAUUUUUUGUAAAAUUGUUCUUUAACUUAGUUUUCAGGUUUUCCACCUAAAAAUAAAAUCAUUCCAGGCAAAUAUGGAUUAAUAACUAUAAAGAAAUGCUUUGGAUGUUUUCCACAGCCAUACUAUUUAAUAUUAAAUAUUACUACAAUUAAACUUACUACCAAAUACCUAAUUUAGAUGAUGAUGACAAAUUUUAUCUUAAAAAUUUUUUUGAAGAUAUUUUCUGAAUUGCUCUUUUAGCUUAAGAUGGUACUGUAGACCUAGUUGUAUAUAUGACUACUAAAAUACAAACUUUAAUGAACUAAUAAAAAUGAUGAUGACUAUGGCAAUAAUGACUUAUGAUCACUAAUGAAAAUAUUGAAAUAGCACAAACCAAAAUUUAUUAAGUUUUACAUCACUUCUUCUUUGUGCAGCAGGUUUAGCUUGGACUCUUUUCAAGGCACGCAGUUUUUAAAUUCUCCGAGUACCUUGUCUGCCAAACUGACAGAUGUUCUUGAGCUACUACUACUUGAGUAGCCACCAUUGCAUUAGAACAAGAUACUGCUUUGGUCAGCUUGGAAGUGAAGAGGAGAAAGAUUCAUUAUUUUUGAGAUCAAUGUGUAAGAAAAUGUAUAGAACUUGUAUUUUAACUCUAGUUUUUUUUUUUUUUUUUUUUUUUUAAUUUUUUAUGCUCUGACAGUUUUGCUUUACAGACUAAUUUUCAUGGUGUAUCCAAUUUCAACUAAUUUUGAUAGCAACAGCUUUUUUUUUUUUUUUUUUUCGUGACAUAUAUUUUGAGUAAGAACUAGUGCUAUUUAAAACAUCUGGUUUUAUUAUCUUCUAUUAAUUCUUGACAAGAGAGAAACUUCCUGUACAAAAAUGGAACUAAGGGUGUUCGGACUGAAACUCCCUCAAAACGGGUUCAACGUCUGAAGCAGAUCUAAAAGUAUACAGAAAAAUUACUCCUUACACGCCUGUUACUUUCUUCAGAGUAACAUAUUUUCUAUUGUAGAGUGAUGUAUUUUUAACUUGGUUAAUCUUAACUAUGGAAAAGCCACAACCGUAACAUUCUCCUGGAAAAUCCAUCCUAUUAAUUUUGAAUGUAAACCAGCAAAUCAAAGAAUACGGAAAUCCCAAUAUAUUAUGAAUUAAGUAAUCUCACUUAAUCCAAAAUAGUUUUUUCAUCAUCUUAUUAAAUGACCGACAUCAAAUACUAAUGGAAAUCCUUUCUGUCAAUAAAUAUAUUACAUAUAAUGCAUCUAAUUUGAUUCCUUACUGAAGUCUUGAUCUCAAUAGUGCGGAAGGCAAUGGUGAACCACUGCAGAAUCAUCUUGUCUAAUCAUGGCCAUCUUCCUGCGUGGUGUUUGCUGGGGACCCAUGCUGAUAUCUCAAGCACCUUCAUUAUCAUAUAAGAGUUCAAACCCAACCAACAGAUCCUAAUCAUAGUUAUAUUUGUUUAAAAUUUUGUGUUUUCAUGUACGUACUGAGUAAUGCUUGCAUGUUUUAUUAUUGGCAUUAAGACACUUUCACAGCCUAAAAAAUACUACUUGAUCUGACUUUUAAUGUGUACCUCUGAUAUAAAUUUUGACUUUUACUUUAAAGCAAAACAUGAAUUUAUUGUGUUAUAAAUAUGGAAUGAAAAUGUUUUGCUUGUAUUUAAUACAUUUUUGACUUCUGUGUGUAAACUAUAACUCAGGCUUGACUGCAAUUGUUUUGCUCAUAAAUUUUAUAUUUUAACGUGAUGGAACUUAGUUCUUACAGAAUCACAGAUAUCUUAGAAGUUAUACUUAUUGUGGCAAGUAAUGAAUAAAAUGAUGAGAUUAAAUUUUUAAUAUGCACACACAGAAUGCAACAAAAAUUGACAGGAUGAAAAUUUUAUUUGCAUUAUAAAUUAGAAUAACAUUCAGCAUAUUAACAUAUUUUCAUUAUUUAUUAAUAUUAAAUGCUGAGUAUUUAUUUUAAUUUCAUGGAAUUUAUACUCACCAACCAUAUUUUUAACAUCACUCUAGUCCCUUUAUUAUUUUAUUUCUAUUAAUUAUUUGAAUGCAAAAUUAAAGUUGAUUUUUUUUAUUACAGCAAGUAUAACUUCUAACAGGUGUACAUAAGUACACACAAUUUUUUUUUUUAUUUGGACAAGGGACAAAGUUUUCUAAUUAUAUGCACUUGUAAGUUGUAAAAAAAUUUUAAUGCUUGUGUGACAAAACACAUAAAAAUAAUUAAUAAAUUUGUGAAGCAUUCCUCACCAAGGGAAAAAAAAUCUUUUUAUUUUUACUUGGAUUAUAUAAUUUUAAGCUUCUUAUACUUUUGUGUAUUUGUACAACAAUCAUGAAUCCAAUGUUAAAGUUCCUAAGUAUGUGUGCUUGUUUUACAUCAUUAGAGAAUGAAAUAAAUUUUAAAAAAUUUA